AUGAGUAUCAUCGCCAAUGGAAUCGCUCUCAAAGAGUUCACCGACGUCCCCCUCGGCACGAUCUUCGGAGCAACACUAGUGCACUGGAUGAACACCAUCUACGCCCUCGCCUUCGUGCAAAAUGUCAUGACCACCGGCCUCAUUGCCUGGCGCAUCUGGCGGCAGGAGAAAGAGUCGGUUAAUGUGGGGAUACACUCGGCUGACUCGAGGUCAAGCCUCCUACCGAUCGUCCGCAUCAUCAUCGAGAGCGCCAUGAUAUAUGUCGUAGAGCUGCUUGUCUUGAUCAUCCUCUACGCGUUGAAGCAUAACGCGCAGUUCGUAGUACAAGAAGCCGUCGUGCCCACUGUUGGCAUUGUCUUUACGUUGAUGACGAUACGCAUUUCCAAACGCAGCUACAAAGUCCACUGUGCCACCGUGACGGAGGAUCAGAGUCGCCCCAUCCAGUGGCGAGCUAGGAGUGUCGGGCCAAUGGUCACUACGGAGUAUACCACAACAGCGGACGACAUUGAUAUGAAGCCCAUCCGACCCUUCCAGAUCCAGGAUGACGAAGAUUCCAAGUACGAAGAAACAUAUGACAAAACUCGCGGUCGAGCUGUAGUAUAA